CCCCAGAAACUUAACUUUCAUUUUCACUCUGCUGCUCCUGAUCCUGUGUGUGGCUCUGAGUGCUGACCACUCUUCUUCAAGGAAUCGCAGCUGACUUCUCCAUUGGUGUCUGAGGUUCUUCAGGUAACAGAAGAAAUUUAUUGCUCUGAUUCCUUCCCAGGAUAGCAGUUUCUUGGUCUGGAAGCAAUCGAUACUACCUACCCUGCCCCCAAGGUGGGUUGAGGUAUUGGCUUGUGUGAUCUUGCGAGUGUGUAUUACAUCUCCCUCCACACUGUCCGCAUACAGACACUCCUGUAGUGUAGACUCCUGUCUACGUCCUUGGCAUAUUUCCAAGCCAAGGUAAAAUCUCACCACUUAAAAACACAAAAAACUGUCCAGAGUCUCCCAGAUGAUCUGGAUCACUUCACUUCCAUAUCCCCCAUUGCUCUCUUUAUUAAUUGGAUCAUGAAAUUAUCUCUGUUGGUCUCUGAUUAACUUGCUGGGAUAGGAGACAGACUUCUGAAGGAUGAUCCUGAGUACAUUAGGGUCAUCCCAACUCUGUAUUGAAGGUAAAUGAUCUUUGUAAGUCAUUUACUGUCUCUGUUUGUACAUCUGAUAGAGAGCUUGCCCUGACCCAUGUACACAAACACAUUGUCAUAUAUUCUGUCAUGCUAAUAAGAGAAAUCAUUGCAAACUUAUAGCAAGUGAUGGCAGUGGUUAUGCUGUAAAUAAGGUAGAGCAUGUCCUUCUGAUAAGAGAGCUUGUAAGGAGAGUUAAUACUGAACUGCAAGAGUGAGUCAUGCUGAUACCCGGGGCAGCAUUCCAUGCUGAAAGAAGAGCAGGUGUGAAAGCCCAUAGGCUUAAGUUGUUUGGUGCUUCUGACAUUGAGGAUGUGUUUUUUAUAUGGGUAAGAAAAAGCAAGAUCAGUGGUGAGUCACACAAGGAUCUUGGUAGAAAAGGCUGCAGGUCAUCCUUUUUGUUUAGCGAAAGUAAAGGAAAAUCACCAUCAUUGCAGAGAUAAGGAUAGAAUUUGUCAUGUCUUAUGAACCAAGACUAAAGUGCUUGAAAUUAAUAUGAAAAGUCCUUUUUAUCAGGUCACCAAGCUCCUUUCCUUGUUUCUCUACCUUUUGAUUUUUGUCCUUUAGUAGUUUGGUCUUGGCCUCUCCUUGAUUUCUACACAAUAGUAUCAUUUUGCUCCUGCCUUUCUUACUCUGCUCCCUUUUAAGCUUCCCAGUCAUACGGGAUCUGUGAACAAGAAAGGCCUCAGAAGUAAGAGCAGGUUGGAGAAGGGGCGCAGUUGAGAUGGCUUUAGAACUCUUGGCGAAUAUAAAGGAGGAAUUGACCUGCCCCAUCUGCCUGUACCUCCUGGUAGAACCCGUGAGCCCAAAAUGUGGCCACACCUUCUGCCAAGCCUGCAUCUCUGCACAGAACACAGAGUUAGAGUACCAACAAAGGAAGAUCAUCUGCCCUGUAUGCCAAAGGGUUUAUUAUGCUGGGAAACUGCACCCUAAUCGGAGCGUGGCCAACAUAGUGGAGAAGCUCAGGAAAGUCAAGUUGAGUACAGAGGAGGAGCAGAAGAAAGAUCUCUGUGUGCGCCAUGGAGAGAAACUCGUACUUUUCUGUAAGAUGGAUGGGAAAGUCAUCUGCUGGCUCUGUGAGCGGUCUCAGGAGCACCGUGGUCACCACACCUUCCUCAUGGAGGAGGUUGCCCAGGAGUACCAGGAGAAGCUCCAGUCAGUCCUGGAGAGGCUGAGAGAGGAGGAACAGGAAGCUAAGAAGUUGGAGGCUGACUUCAGAGAACAGAAAGCUUCCUGGAAGAUUCAAAUACAAAAUGAAAAACAAAGUGUCCAGGAAGAGUUUAAACAACUGAGAGAUAUCCUGGACUCUGAGGAGAAGAAGGAGCUGGAGAAGCUGGUGAAUGAGGAGGAAGAUAUUCUCGAUGACCUGGCAGAGGCUGAGAAUAGGGUGACCCAGCACAGUGGGUCCCUGAGAGAGCUCAUCUCAGACCUGGAGAAGCGGCUGAAGGGGUCCACAAUGGAGCUGCUGCAGGAUGUGAAUUACAUCAUAGAAAGGAGUGAAACCUUGACUCUGAAGAAGCCAAAAGCCAUUCCCAAGGAACAAGGGAGAGUGUUCCAAAUGCCUGAUAUGAGAAGGAUACUGCAAAUGUUUGAUGAGCUGUUAAAUGGGCAAAGGUAAGAAGUCACAGUUACCACCAAGCCAUCAUCUUCCAGAAUUGUUCGUUUUCUAGAAAUGUUUUAAGACUUGUGUUUCCCCUUCCAACACAUACUUAUAAUACGUUUCUGUGAUUUUAUACCUCUUCUCAACAAUGGAGCAAAGUUCUUGCCAGUUCCCACCCAAGUUAUCCUCAAGAUCCCUCUCACAAUGUCACAAAUAAAGGUACGUCAUAUCCCUCACCCAACUCUGUAAUUUUUCUGCAGUUCAUGUGACUCUGAAUGGCUCCAACAAUAAAUCAUAUGUUGCCAUUUCUUCGAAUUGGAGACAAGUGAGAGAUGUGUGCAGUUGGAAACCAAAUAAUGUAUAUCUGAAUGGUGUUUAGGAUGAUUAUGGUGUCCUAGGCUCCCUGGUUAUCAGAUCAGGGAAACAUUGGGGUACAGAUGUGUCAAAAAGCAUACCUGGAUCCUGGGGGGGGGUGUGCUAUAAUGGAAAAUAAUCUGAAUCCAGUAUGAAAUUUCUUGUUAGAUGAGGUGAAAAUCAUCAACAUGUUCAAGUAUCCACCUAAAUAUGGCUGCCGGCUGUAGGGUUACAGAAUCAACUUAAAUAUAAUGCCUUGGAGGAGUCCUCUAAUCCCUUGAUCUUAACCCUCUCCCUCACUGUGCCCCCCACCGUGUUGGGGUUUUCUAGGACUAUAAGGCUGCCACUGUCUCAUUUUUCAGUGCCACCAACCAUGAGUUUCUCAUCUAUAAAUUCUCUUUAUGUUCUUUUUCACAGACAAAUUUUCCACAUUUCAGUCCUGUGAAAUACAGUAUCUCCAUGACUGAUUGCCAAGCUCUUGAACCUUCUCACGCUCUCACUCGCUUGUCUGCAGUUCGUCUUGCUUCGGGUGCAUCUAAUGCACUGAGCUUAUCUGCACCAUUCUGGCCAUAUUUUUGUUGCUGCCUCCCUUUUUUCCAUUUAAAUAUCCUUUAUUCAUCAGUAAGAUCUACCAUUUGCCUCAUGUCAUAUAUUCCCCAAUAUCAUGUUUGCAUUAGGAGAGAAUCUUAAUUCAUUUUCCAUGCUGCCAAGAAAAAAUUGACUAAUGUCUCGUAAAGAAAGUCCAGUAUUGAGAUAAUACCUCUGCCACAUGUUUACAGUCUCAUUUCCUCUGCCAAUGCCUGAGAAGGUGAAGGUAAGCUUUUUAAUAACUUUUGUGUACUAUCAAAGAGCUUGUAUAGGAAUCAUUUACUACAGAAUGAGUUCUUAGCACUGUGUCAGUUUACCCAUGAUGCCUCUUACUCAUCAAGGAGUUAAGGAGAAAGUAUCAUAAAAUGUACUAAGAGUGGAAGUUUGUGUCCAGAGUGUCUUGUGUUCAAGUCCAGUCUCCAUAUACUAGUAUAUCACCUUGAACAACAUACUUAAGUGCUGUUUUUCUUAAAAUCAUCUUGGUACUGAAAACUGCACCAUACUUAGGAUCAUUGCAAGAAGGUUAAUGUCAUUAAGUGUAAAACGUUUAAGUGUCUUAGCUUAAUAAUAAAUGUUUACUGUACUAAUUAUAGAAAAAUAAGGCUGUGUCACUGUCUCAUGAAACAGGUUUGUGCCUUCAAGAGCACUAGAGCUACUUUUACUGAAGUCUCAUUUGUCAGAUCCCAGGUGCUGCUCUGUUACUAUCAAGGCUACUCCAGCUUUGCCAGUAAUAGGUGGAGUGUGUAUGUGUGUCUUAUCACAGAAUAUUUUAAUUCUGGUGUUGCUACAUACUGGUCCUUACCAAGUCAACUAAAUUAUUUGGGAUUGUUUGGUUUCUCAUUUGUAAAAGAAAAAAUUAUAUAUAUAUAUGUAAUUUACCUGAUGUGGUAUUAAAAAUUAAGCAAGACUGCU